CUUCGUUCCUUGAAUGCCCAUCACGCACUUUGCCUCUUGACCCUCUCUUCCAUCUCACCUGCUCAGCUGCAAUCUCUUGCUGCUACCCGGUGAAGCGCUUGAAUUGGUGUGCCACCGUUCAUGUCCCGCAUCCCCGUUCCUAGCCGCCAAGUUCCCUCAUCACCAUCCAUCGACUUCAAAGAGAAUCGUCCCUUUUCACCCGAUCACUCGUUCUCGCCCUCUCGCAACACCUCAAACCCGAAGAUGAGCAGCUCAGCCGUCAGCGGAGCAUCCGGCUACCGCAACUCGCCCAUGUCGGGUGCUGAAGCUACCGAUACUAGGAAGCGUCAAAGCAAGAGGGACGAGGCCAUCCGCAAGAAGAUCGAAGCCGAUCUGAAUCGCAAAGCAGGCAAGCCCACUGGUGGACGUGGUACGCCCGCUCGCAACUCUCGACGCAAGCCUGCCGCCAUUGCUGGUACCGUCUCUGCUCUGCGCCCUCUUCCUGCUCUCACCGUUCCGCAGAGCAUCAGCGUGGCCGAUGCUAGUCAGCUGUGUGCUGCAAAGAGGACAGACUGCGUCCUCGUCGUCGACGACGAUGAGCACCUCGCUGGCAUCUUCACAGCAAAGGAUCUCGCAUUCAGGGUCGUCGCCGGAGGUCUCGAUGCUCGCAACACGCCCGUCUCUGCCAUUAUGACCAAGUCGCCUAUGGUCACUCGCGACACUACCUCCGCAACUGAAGCGCUGAACACCAUGGUCACUCGCGGAUUCCGCCACCUCCCCGUCUGCAACGAAGAGGGAGACGUCGUGGGACUUCUUGAUAUCGCCAAGGUCUUCUACGAAGCCCUCGAGAAGCUGGAGCGCGCUCACGGCUCGUCGCAGAAGCUCUACAAUGCGCUCGAAGGCGUGCAGAGCGAAUGGGGAGGCGGCAUCGCAGGCCCUCAGCAGGCUAUGAUGGAGUACGUCGAGGCUCUCCGACAGAAAAUGUCCAUCCCGGACCUCACGACCAUUCUCGACAGCCGCACACUGCCCUGCACCGUUUCUGUCCGCACCACGGUACGAGAGGCCGCCAAGCUGAUGAAGGAGCAUCGCACCACUGCCGUCUGCGUAAUGGAAAACGCCGGUGGACCCGGUCAAGGUCAGAUCACGGGCGGCACGCCGGUCAGCGGCAAGAUCGCGGGUAUCUUCACCAGCAAGGACGUAGUAUUGCGAGUUAUCGCAGCCGGGCUUGACCCCAAGACCUGCUCCGUCGUGCGAGUCAUGACCCCUCACCCGGACACGGCUCCUCCCUCUCUUUCCAUCCAGGAAGCUCUGCGCAAGAUGCACGAUGGACGCUACCUCAACUUGCCCGUAGUAGACGUCGAUUCACGUCUUGUAGCCGUAGUGGAUGUGCUCAAGCUCACCUACGCAACGCUUGAGCAGAUCAACUCGAUGAGCGAAGAGUCUGGCGGCGAAGGUGGAGGAGCUGGGCCGAUGUGGAAUCGUUUCUGGGCACUUGGACAGUCAGGCUCGGUGGGCAACGGUACGGCUGGAGAUGGUGACGAAUCCGCGAUCAGCGGCUCGCAUCGCCCCUCUGAGGUGGAGAUGCCCGGCACUCCCGGCAGGUACGGUGGAGUGAGCAAUGACUCGGACUUGCAUCCAAACGACUCAGCCUCUGCAGUGGGCGGAGCCGCAGCACACGAUGAUGGUCUCUCCGGCGUGGGCGGCCGUGGACCUGUCGCGUCAGCCGCAGAAGUAGACGACGGCACCUACCUCUUCAAGUUCGUGACCCCUUCCGGACGUACGCAUCGCUUCCAAGCACGAUACGACCAAUUCGAGACCAUCCGCGAGAUCGUCACGAUCAAGCUCAGCGGCGACCCAUUCUUCGACGAGGAUGACACCGCUGCAGCAGAGGGAGAGGCGACAGCCACGCCAGACCCGAACGACUUCACGCUGGCGUACAAGGAUGACGAGGAUGAUGUGGUCCUGAUGACCGCGGACGGCGAUGUGCAAGACUCGGUCAAGACGGCGCGCAAGCAAUCUCGAGACCGUGUUGUUCUUCUCUUGCAAGGAGGCAAAGGCUGGAACGAGGCCCUCGCCCGUGCAAAAGCGGCGGAGGCGGCUGCAACCAGCGCAGCUUCACCUGGUGUGGCGGCGAAGAAGCGCUCUGGAACGGUUGAGGCGCAACUGCAGCGCGUGGAAGAGGAGGAGGAGCGCGAGGACGAGCAGCACCAGGGGGAUGGUGCGGCCAAUGGUAGCGUGAAGCCUCGAGUCUCUGAUGGACAGCAGGUGCUUGAGCAGCCGCCAUCAGCUACCGAGACCUCGGAAGCGGCAGCAGCAGCGGCAAAUGCCAAGGAGGCAAAGAAGGCAAGCAAGAAGGCGGAUGAGGAGCUCCUCUUUGGCUUCCUGCCGAAGGACCUGGCUCUACCUGCCGCUAUUGGGUUCGCGGGUGUGGCGGUGCUUGUUGGACUGGUGGCGACGAGGGGGUCUGCGCAGCAGCAUUGAUGAUCAACGGGCGGAGGAUUUGGCUUUCGAUUUCUCUCUUGAUUUUGUCCGAACAGCUCGGCUUGCCAGCUUGACGUGUCUUGCCCCUACUCGUACUUUUCCCCAUAUGAUCCGAUCCUGUACGAUCGGGUCCCACCUCUCUAUGCUCGUCAAGAUAUCGAUCACAACGGCAAAAGGAGCGUCGGGGCCAGCUCUCGUGCAGUGAAGUGCGUCGCGUGAUCGAGAAUGACUGAAGCUGAGAGCAGUGAAGCAAAGAGAGAGAGAGGUGGUACAAUCGAGAGAUCGACGGCGUCCGCAUCCCGCUUACAAAAUCAAAUUUCAGCCCACAAC